AUGCACUCACGCGCGCGCCUGGUUGUACAUGCACCCGGUGUCGCUGCAUCCUUACAAUUGUAUCAGCUCGGAACACUGUCCACGGGACCGGCCUCGAAUAGCUAUUUAAGUGUGGGAUUUGGUCUCUCAAUUCAGAGCUCAACGGAUUCGACACGCAAUGAAGAUCACGGUUACGACUCUGGUCUUGUUGAUCGGUGUAUUUCUGGUGAUUCGGGCGGUACCGUUACCGGUUUACAACUGCAAACGUUGCAUAUGCGUAAGCCGAUGAUAUGUGUCCGUGUUUGCCGAGAUCACACAGUAAACAAUGAGCCUUCGAUUGAAAACGCACUAGUGGAACCGGAGACUACUUGGCCACUCAGCACCGAUGAAGUCACGGACAAAACUACCAAUACCACGGAAGUAACAGAAAGUGCCGGAGAAACAACUACCCCCGUUGGAAUAGGCGAAACAACACAAGCAGUUGAAACGACCGGUACCGAAGCGGUAGUAACAGAUGUAUCACAACCUGUUACCGAAGCUGAAAGCACUUCUACCACACUCGCAUCCCUGGAUAGCACUGUCACGUCCAUUGAAGUAACGGGUAGUACUGCUGUCAGUGGCGCUGAUGUCACAACCGCAACGUUCCCACCAAGCACUGAGGUUGGUUCGGACGGGAUAACCGCCUCCGGUGAAGUAACGGAUACAACACAAGCAGGCGAAUUGGCCAGCACCGAAGCGGCGGUAACAGAAGUAUCACAACCAGGCACCGAAUCUGCGAGCACUUCCACCACACUCGCACCUGUAGAUAGCACAGAGACGUCAACUGCAUUUCCAGACAUUUCUGCUACUGAUACUACCUUGAGCCCAUCUGAGAUAACAGGAUCUACAUUACUGGACACAACAGAGCCAAGCACGACGGUUUCCUCCGGUCCAACAGACACAACAGGUGAAGCGGUGACCGCCGGGGAAUCUGUGUCCACAGUACCUACUACAUCAUGGCCUUCCAGUGCUCAACCGAGUGACAGCGUUACCACGGGUUCGUCAACCGGUACGACUAGUGUCUCUUCGUCUCUACCCACUGGUUCACCAGUUACCGUUACAGAUUCGAGCACAACGGCCACAGAAUCUGCUCAGUCAUCUGAGAGCACAACAGUCCCUUCGGGACUGACAACGGAUCUACCGCAAUUCUCAACCAGUUCACCAUUAGGCACAUCACCCACCUCGCCGGAGCUGGAAUCCACACCAGUCAGUUCAACAAGCACUGUGGUCACUGAGAAGUCCACCCCAACCGGUGAAGAGAGCUCAACAACAACUACCGUUCAACCCCCCUUGUCCAGCACUGCAUCCGCAUCACUAACUGGUCAGCCAUCCACGGAACAAACCACUGUUUCUCUUGACACUAGCACCUCAUCUAUUCCUUCCGAUACAACCACCCUUGCCAGUGAAUCCGUGACUCACGCAUCCACCAGUACCGAAGCUGAAGCACCAGAAAUUAGCUUUACCACUGCGACCACUACUACUCAAACUGAAGCUGGAGGAGCUGCUUCAGAUCAGACCACGACCGGUUUGAUCAAUUCAUAUCCUGAUCGAACAUAA